AUGGGUGGCAUUGGAAUGGAUAUUUUUGGACUGGAAAAUAAUCAAGCUCGAAAGGAUGGAAAUGAGAUGUGCCAGAAAUUCAAGGAUAGAGAAUUGAAGUGUGCCAUAGUGUCUUCCUCAGACCCACAGGUAGACAAGAUACUUCUCCUUAGAAUCAAAUGUCUAUUCCAGAGGCAGUUAUCGAAGAUGCCCAAGGAAUAUAUUCUUAGGCAAGUGUUCGACACCAAGCACGCCAACAUGGUAUUGGUCAACUCUGCAGAAGAGGUUGUGGGAGGGAUAUGUUACAGGCCGUUCUUUGAAAGAGGCUUUGUGGAGAUUGUAUUUUUAGCCGUUGAUUAUGACUUCCAAGUGAAAGGAGUUGGAGGAUUUAUGAUGGAUUUGUUCAAGGAAGUUAUCAAGGAGGAGAUUAAGAGUUGCAAAUGGAAGUUUGCAGACAACGUGCUUGGAACUUAUAAGCAUGAGUAUAGGAUUAUUGAAGAUCUCAGCCCACUUCUAAACAAGAUGUUUGAGAAUGAUUCCGGGCCCUUUUAUCUGGUUACAUAUGCAGAUAACUUUGCAAUAGGAUACUUCAGGAAGCAAGGGUUCACAACUGAAAUGGAGUUUGGAGGAUGGAUUGGGUUCAUUAAGGAUUAUGAGGGUGGCACCAUAGUCGAGUGCCAUGUAUUCUGGGAGAUUAACUAUCUAAAGAAACAGGAGAUAAUUGGAAAUAUAAAGAAAAAGUUAUUUGAAGAAAUGAAGAAGAUCAAUACCUAUCACAUUGUUCACAAGAUAGAUGACUAUUCAAGGAUCAAAAGCAUUGAAGAUAUCCCGGGAGUCUUGGAUGCCAAAUAUGUUUCAAGGGAGAAUAGUGACUUGAAGUGCCAGGCCAGAUUUAUUUCGUAUCUCAUAUCCGAUCUUCAGGUUAGCCCAUAUGCCUGGCCAUUUUUGAAGCCUGUGGACCCAGUAGAGGUUCCCGACUACUACAAGCAGAUAUCUAAUCCUAUGGAUCUAUCUACUAUGAUGUCCAAACUGAAGAACAAUGAGUACAAAUACGUAGAAAGUUUUGUGAGAGAUAUGAAUCUGAUGGUAAACAACUGCUUUGCAUAUAAUGGAAAGGAUACACAAUAUCACAAAUGUGCACAGAUUCUCCUGGGACAUUUUAACAAAAAGCUCGAGAUUUACAAGCAUGUUAUUGAUAGACUUCCGAAAGAAAGAGGAUCUGGGUGA